AUGUCGCUCCUUGGGACUAUCAAUCCCAAUCCAUCCCGCUCCCAGUCGGUGGUGAGCCAUAAUCUUCCCCCGCAACACGGUGCAGCCAUCGACGACGCCCUACAAGAGGAGUUCCCGGCCCCUUCCGUGCAAUCCAAAAGUGAAUCAGGGGAGACUCUCCGCGAUGAGGAGACACAGAUGGAGGCUCGCGUGGGGGACCUGGCAAGGCGAUUAACCCGCCAGUCCACCCGAUUCUCCACCAAAAGCACUCUUCACAACCCUUUCAAGACGGACGAUCCCGAGUCGACGGUGAACCCCAAUAGUCCCAACUUCAGAGCCCGGGACUGGAUGAAGAUGCUUCUCGCGAUCAGGUCCCGCGACCCGGACAGAUAUCCAGACCGCACUGCAGGGGUUGCCUUCAAAAACCUCAGCGUGCACGGCUUUGGAUCCCCCACCGACUAUCAAAAAGAUGUACUGAACACGCUUUUGGAGGUUGGGACGCUUGUUCGGAGGCUGGCGGGUAUGAAGAUGCAGAAGAUUCAAAUCCUUCGGGACUUCGAUGGGCUCGUCAAAAGUGGUGAGAUGUUGAUUGUUCUGGGGAGGCCCGGUAGCGGUUGUUCCACUUUGCUCAAAACGAUUGCGGGUGAAAUGAACGGAAUUAACAUGUCGGACGAUUCUGUCAUGAACUAUCAGGGAAUUUCCGCAAAGCAGAUGCAGAAGAACUUCAAAGGCGAAGCUAUCUAUUCCGCCGAGACCGACAUUCACUUCCCUCAGCUCUCGGUCGGGGACACGCUUAAAUUCGCCGCGUUGGCGAGAGCCCCCAGAAACCGCCUCGAGGGCGUUACUGCCAAUGAAUAUGCAGAGCACAUGAGAGACGUCGUCAUGACAAUGCUCGGCCUCUCCCAUACAAUCAACACCCGGGUCGGAAAUGACUUCAUUCGCGGGGUCAGCGGUGGUGAGCGCAAGCGUGUCAGUAUCGCUGAGGCCACUCUGGCUCAGAGUCCCUUGCAAUGCUGGGAUAAUAGUACCAGAGGUCUUGAUAGUGCGAACGCUUUGGAGUUUUGCAAGAAUCUCUCCUUGAUGAGCAAAUACUCCGGUAUUGCGGCUUGUCUUGCGAUCUACCAGGCCUCUCAAAACGCCUACGACCUCUUCGACAAAGUGACGGUGCUAUACGAAGGACGGCAGAUCUACUUCGGACCAACGACCGAAGCUAAGAAGUUCUUCGUCGACAUGGGCUUCGAGUGCCCCGAGCGCCAAACGACCGCCGAUUUCUUGACGUCGCUCACUAGUCCUUCCGAGCGCAUUGUUCGGCCCGGAUUUGAAAAUGUUGCCCCCCGCACUCCAGAUGAAUUUGCGGCGGCUUGGAAGAAGAGUGAAGCCCGUGCUAAGCUGCUCGCCGAGAUUGAAGAGUUUGAACGCCAGUAUCCCAUCGGCGGUCCCUCUCAGCAAGCGUUCUUCGAAGCCCGCAAGGCCAUGCAAGCCAGCUCGCAGCGCGCCAAGUCCCCAUACACCAUCUCUACUUGGAAUCAAAUCAAGAUCUGCGUCAUCCGCGGUUUCCAACGCCUUCGAGGAGACUUCAGUCUGACAGCCACUGCCCUGAUUGGCAACUUCUGCAUGGCGUUAAUCAUUGGGUCCGUGUUUUUCAACCUGAAGGAUGAUACGUCGAGUUUUUACGCUCGCGGGGCUUUGCUCUUCUUUGCGGUGCUUUUGAACGCGUUUUCGAGUGCCCUGGAGAUUCUGACCCUCUAUGCGCAGCGCCCAAUUGUCGAGAAACAGGCCCGGUUUGCUUUCUAUCACCCUUAUGCAGAAGCCUUAGCGUCAAUGCUCUGCGAUACACCGUACAAACUCAUCAAUUCCGUCACGUUCAACAUCCCCUUGUAUUUUAUGACGAACUUGCGGCGGGAACCAGGCGCAUUCUUCACCUUCUGGAUCUUUUCGGUGAUCACAACCUUUGCCAUGUCAAUGGUGUUCAGAACUAUUGCCGCGUCAUCGCGCUCCCUUUCCCAGGCCCUUGUCCCGGCGGCGAUAUUGAUUCUCGGCAUGGUCAUCUACACCGGUUUCACUAUUCCCACACGGAACAUGCUUGGCUGGUCUCGUUGGAUGAACUACAUCAAUCCCAUCGCCUAUUCUUUUGAAAGCUUCAUGGUGAAUGAGUUUGUCGGGAGACAUUUCAAGUGCGUCUCCAUUGUCCCUUCAGGCGGGGAUUACAACAGCGUCUCGAUGCAACAUCGCAUCUGCUCCACGGUCGGUGCCCAGACUGGGUCCGAUAUGGUGGACGGAGGUUUGUAUGUCAAGGAGAGCUUUGGAUACGUCCAUUCUCAUCUGUGGAGGAACUUUGGGAUUGUGAUCGGUUUCAUGAUCUUUUUUGCCUGUACCUACCUGGCAGGGACCGAAUUCAUUUCCGAGGCAAAGUCCAAAGGCGAAGUGCUUCUGUUCCGUCGCGGUCAUCAAGCCAAGCUCCCGUCCGCGGACGACCCCGAGUCGCCGCAGAACACUGGAGGUGAAAAGACAGACGAGGCCGGCGCGCAGACUACCGCCAACAUUCAGAGACAAACCUCUAUCUUCCACUGGGAGGAUGUGUGUUACGACAUCAAGAUCAAGGGAGAGCCCCGGCGAAUCCUCGACCAUGUGGACGGUUGGAUCAAACCUGGCACCUGUACCGCGUUGAUGGGCGUCUCGGGCGCAGGCAAAACGACUCUCCUGGAUGUUCUGGCCACGCGUGUCACGAUGGGAGUCGUCACUGGGGAUAUGUUCGUUGAUGGACAACCCCGUGACCAGUCCUUUCAGAGAAAAACCGGCUACGUGCAACAGCAAGACCUGCAUCUAGCGACUUCUACCGUUCGAGAAGCGCUUCGUUUCAGCGCCGCCCUCAGACAGCCCGCCCAUCUCAGUCGGAAGGAAAAAUACGACUAUGUGGAAGAAGUGAUCAAACUGCUCGGUAUGGAAGCUUAUGCAGACGCCGUCGUCGGCGUCCCCGGAGAAGGGUUGAACGUGGAACAGCGCAAACGACUGACGAUUGGGGUCGAACUGGCUGCAAAGCCGCAACUUCUCCUGUUCUUGGACGAACCUACAUCCGGCCUCGAUAGUCAGACCUCAUGGUCGAUCCUGGAUCUGAUUGACACAUUGACUAAACAUGGUCAGGCUAUCCUCUGCACAAUCCAUCAACCCUCUGCCAUGUUGUUCCAGCGAUUCGAUCGACUCCUUUUCUUGGCGAGAGGAGGUAAAACGAUCUAUUUCGGCGAAAUCGGCAAGAACUCAUCGACCCUGUCCAGCUACUUUGAGCGGAACGGCGCUCAUCAUUUGGCUCCGGGGGAGAAUCCCGCGGAGUGGAUGUUGGAUGUGAUCGGAGCAGCACCCGGGUCCCAUAGCGAUAUCGACUGGCCACAAGUGUGGCGACAGAGUCCUGAAUACCGCCAAGUCAAGGAGCACCUUGCAGAGCUCAAGUCGACUCUGUCGGCCCAGCCGAAGAAUAAUGAUGAUCCGGACGCGUUUAAGGAAUUCGCCGCACCUUUUUACCUCCAACUCUGGGAAUGCCUUGUGCGCGUUUUUGCACAGUAUUAUCGCACGCCGACAUAUCUCUGGUCGAAAGCAGCGCUCUGCGUCCUCACCUCUCUCUAUAUUGGAUUUUCCUUCUUCCAUGCCAGCAAUUCCAUUCAGGGGAUGCAGAACCAGAUGUUUAGUGUGUUUAUGUUGAUGACGAUUUUCGGCAAUCUUGUCCAACAGAUUAUGCCCAACUUCGUGACCCAGAGAUCUCUUUACGAGGUAAGGGAGCGUCCGUCCAAGGCGUAUUCAUGGAAAGCUUUCAUGGCCUCAAAUAUCAUAGUUGAGUUACCGUGGAACACCUUGAUGGCCGCCUUGAUUUUCUUCUGUUGGUACUACCCGAUUGGGCUGUAUAACAAUGCGAAACCGACGGACGCGGUGACCGAACGCGGAGGCCUCAUGUUCCUGCUCAUUUGGACCUUUUUGCUUUUCACGUCGACGUUUGCGCAUAUGGUGAUUGCGGGAAUUGAACUGGCGGAAACGGGUGGUAAUAUCGCAUCGCUUUUGUUCUCGCUGUGCUUGAUCUUUUGCGGUGUCCUUGCCACCAAGGACGCUCUUCCGGGCUUCUGGGUCUUCAUGUACCGGGUCUCGCCUUUCACAUACCUGGUCUCGGCGAUGCUUUCCACCGGUCUCUCGGGGGCGAGUGCGCGAUGUGAGAAAGUCGAAUACCUGGUGUUUGAUCCCCCAGCGAACCAGACAUGUGGGGAGUACAUGAAUCCGUACAUCCAGAUGGUCAAGAGCGGCUAUCUUCUGGAUGAGAACGCCACGUCGAACUGUUCCUUUUGCUCGGUGAGCGAGACGGAUACGUACCUCGCGCAGAUUGGCAGCUAUUUCCACGAUGCGUGGCGCAACUUUGGGUUGAUGUGGGUGUACAUUGCAUUCAACAUUGCUGGAGCGGUGUUUAUAUAUUGGUUGGCGCGGGUUCCGAAGGGGAAGAGGACGGUUGGGUGA